ACGUUUUAUUUUCAAAAUGCCGCGUGUGGUGCCCGAUCAAAAGGCUAAAUUUGAAAGCGACGAACUAUUUCGUCGCCUCAGCCGCGAAAGCGAGAUACGCUAUACUGGCUAUCGCGAGCGUGCUUUGGAGGAACGACAAAUGCGUUUCCACAACGGUUGUCGCGAGGGUCAUACCGAGAUCUCGUUCGUUGCAUCGGGCACCAAUCUGCAGCUAGUUUUCAAUGCAACACAGAAUCCGUACUUGCACGAUAAAGAGUGCGACUUUGACAAGGAGCACGGUAAAGUGUACAUAAAGUCGUACUUCAUAAUGAAUGGUGUGUGCGUACGUUUUCGUGGUUGGCUAGACUUGGAGCGUUUAGAUGGUUCGGGCUGCCUAGAAUUCGAUGAACGACGUGCUAUGCACGAAGAUCAAAUAUUGCGGGAGCAGAUCGAAAGAUACAAUUUAAGGCUGCGAGAAUUUGAAGACUCAAAACGUGCAUAUCGUGAUAGUCGACCAGAAGUAGAUAUGGAAGCUGUACGUCGUGGUGUGCCCUCAGGUGGCAUUGGUGUAGGGGCUAGUAUGUGGCGGCGUUAAAUAAGGCUUAAUGAGUUUGGAGAGAGGAGCGAAAAGAUCCAUUCACUAUAAAAAAACUUGUAAGAGUGUUGUGGUUAAGACUAAAUAUAAACCAAACUAAAUACUCGAAUAUUCAUCUAAUGCUUCAAUCAACAAUUCAAUCAAUUAUCAAUAAUUAUUAUGUACUAAUUAAAUUUUAUUGAUUAAAAUAUAAGCAUAAGUUGUGGCAGUUGAUAUUCAAACUUUUACUAUUAUUAAGUUAAACCUACUUUUGUAUUAUUUCGUACACUUUUGCUUUACCUAUAUUUUUUAAUUAAAGUUUCUUGUACGAGUAAAA